UCAAAUCUGCCGCCACCGUGCAUCGACCGGUAAUGGCCGUUGCUUGUGUUCCUCCUCUUUCUGAUCUCUCUCACCUCUGAGACCAAAGUAUCUAUGGCUUCAUCUUCUGUUCGAUCAUGGAGGACAGCCUUCCUCACCUUGAGAGACGAAACCCUAACUUCUCCCCCUCGGACUUCCCUCUCUUCCCUCCUUCAACACCUCAUCUUCUCUCAAUCCGGGACUCUUAUCUCUGCCUCUCCUGACCUCCCUCCUCACGAGGUUAUGUCGGAUGUGAUGUUUCUGGUGGAAUUGGUCGGGACUAGUUCAGAGGGUGAAGAUGCUGGCACAACUUUUGUUCACAUAUCCCACUUGAUCCAUGAAGUGAGUCGGCAUGUUUCUCUGGAAAUGAAUUCGUCUUCUUGGGCUACUAUGAUGACCUUUCUUGGAAAGGUUGUGGAGUUCUACCUUGGCAAAGCUGAUAAAAGGAAGGCCUUUACAGGGAAUUCGGCUAGUCUUAAACCCAUAAUGGAGAUUUUAGAGAUACUAAGACAUUUUUCCAAUGGAUACGGAAGAAACUGUUUACCAUCUGAUACUGCAGUCUUAGUCAAACUCCUCCUCCAUAUUGUUACAUGCUCUCAUGAUGAGUUGGUUAGGUCAUCUUAUUCGAGUGUCAAUAAGCAGUUUUCUGCUGAUACUGGAACAAUAAUCUUCAAAUACAGCAAUUUGUGGGAAACUCAGACAGUUGCCUUGACUAUGAUUGGUGAAGCAUUCUCAAGGGUUGGAUCUUUUGUUCCAGUUGAGAUGUGGCAAUCAACAAUUGAGAUUCUGAGAAAAGUGAUGGAUGCCUUAGCAUCUAAGGGUUUACCUGUGGAAGACCAUGCCAUGAACAGGUUUUAUACCUCUGUUUUGCAUUGUUUGCAUUUAGUUCUUUCUGAUCCAAAAGGUUCUUUCUCAGAGCAUGUGGCAAGUAUUGUAGCUGCAUUGCGGGUGUUCUUCCUAUAUGGCCUCUCCAAUAGAUCCCUGUCAGUUUGUCCAGAUAGGAAAAAGGAGUUGGGUUCUCAGACACUGAAGCCAAAAUUUUCAGGAUCUGCAAAAAUAGAACAUGGUCCAUAUAGGCCCCCCCACCUGCGGAAAAGGGAAAUCAUUAAAAUGCAGCCACGGAGAGUGUGGGAUUUUCAAAGUUCAUCAGAUCAGGAAUCUUCUGGAGUUGAUUUUACGUCCUCAGAUUCAGAGCAUAGUGAUACCGAUGGAUCUUUAAAAGAAGUGGACUACUUUCGCAGCUCUAAGGCUAGAAUAGCUGCAAUGCUUUGUGUACAGGAUCUUUGUCAAGCCGAUCCAAAAUUGUUCACUACUUAUUGGAUAGUGCUUUUGCCAACCAGUGAUGUGCUACAACCAAGGAAGUAUGAGGCAACUCUAAUGACAUGCUUGCUUUUUGAUCCAGUUUUAAAGGCACGGCUUGCAUCUGCUUCAACUUUAGCUGCCAUGUUGGAUGGGCCUUCAUCUAAUUUUCUACAGGCAGCAGAAUAUAAAGAGUCCAGUAAACGGGGAUCAUUUACCGCAUUUUCAAGCUCUCUUGGUCAAAUAUUAAUGCAACUUCAUACUGGUAUACUUUACUUGAUUCAACAUGAAACUCAUAGUGGGUUGCUAGCUUCUAGUUUCAAAAUUCUGAAGCUUCUAAUUUCAGCUACUCCGUAUCCUCGGAUGCCUAGUGAGUUGUUGCCAACUGUUAUCUCAUCUCUGAGAAUGAGGAUUUUAGAUGGGUUCCAAUUUAAAACUGAUCAGACUGCUCUCCUGGCCAUUGCUCUUAGUUGCUUGGGGUCUGCACUGUCUACCUCACCUCCAUCUCCUCAGGUCAAAGAAAUGCUUCACGAAGAAAACUCAACAGGUUUUGUUGAGACUUCAGGGGAUAAUGGCAUUCUUUUGGCUUUACUUAAGUUUUCUGAACGUGUUGCAAAUCCAACAAUAAGCUUUGAGGCUUUCCAGGUCCUUAGGGUUGUGUCACACAACUAUCCAACCAUCAUGGCUUCUUAUUGGGAACAAGUCUCUGCUAUUGUUUAUAGGUUGUUGAGACUGACUACUCUUGAAGCUCCCAAUUCUGAAGUUUCUAUACGGUCAUUAAAGGGAGAUUUUGGAAACUCUGUAGGAUCUAGUGGAGAGAAGUUUAUUACGGCUGCUAUUAAGGUUUUGGAUGAAUGUCUUCGUGCAAUAUCUGGAUUUAAAGGAACUGAGGACCUUUUAGAUGAUAAAUUACUUGAUACACCAUUUAUGUCUGAUAUCAUGAGGACGAAAAGAAUUUCAUCAGCUCCAUCACAUGAGGUUGAUGGUCCAGAAGUCUCAGAGGGUGACCAAACAGUAUAUCCCUCCGGAAGCAGGCAGUGGACUGAGGCAAUUGAGAAGCAUCUACCACUGAUUCUAUUCCACAAUUCCCCAAUGGUAAGAGCUGCAUCACUUACUUGUUUUGCGGGUAUAACUUCCUCCAUUUUCUUCUCUCUCACAAAGGAAAAGCAGGAUUACGUUCUUUCCUCUUCUAUCAGUGCAGCCUUAACUGAUGAGAUUGCUUCAGUCAGAUCAGUUGCUUGUCGAGCCAUUGGUGUCAUGGCAUGUUUUCCACAAAUGUCAUACAGGCCAGAGAUCCUCAAGAAGUUUAUACAUGCUGCUGAGUUUAACACGCAUGAUCCCUUGGUCUCGGUGCGAAUAACAGCCUCUUGGGCUUUGGCUAACAUUUGUGAUUCUCUCCGUCAUAGAGCAAAUGAUUCAAUCUUGGAGGGGCAAGCUGCAGAUCCAAAGACUGAUUCCCACUCAAUUGCGCUUUUGGCUGAGUGUGCUUUGAGGUUAACAAAAGAUGGUGACAAGGUCAAAUCAAAUGCUGUGAGGGCUCUUGGGAAUCUUUCUAGAUUUGUCCAAUUUACAAGUGUAUCUAGUAUUCAUGAUGAGUCAGUUGAUCAUAUGGGUGUAUCUCCAACAAUGCACAACAUUGGAUUGUUGCCAGCAAACAAUGAUUCUAAAUCUAGUCACGGUGCACAUACUUCAAGAAGCAUCAUUGAGACAGCUUCUCUGAGAGAUUCCUUUUGGCUGGAGAGAAUGGUGCAGGCGUUUCUUUCUUGUGUAACAACUGGAAAUGUGAAGGUACAGUGGAAUGUUUGUCAUGCUUUAAGCAAUUUAUUUCUGAAUGAGACAUUGAGGCUGCAAGAUAUGGUCUGGGCUCCUUCUGUUUUCAGUAUUCUUCUACUUCUUCUUCGUGAUUCUUCUAAUUUUAAAAUCAGGAUACAUGCUGCUGCAGCGUUGGCUGUGCCAGCAUCAAGAUUGGAUUAUGGGACAUCAUUUACUGAUGUUGUUCAAGGUCUGGUGCAUACACUUGAGGGUCUAGGUUCAGACCUGAUUUCAACACCAUCAAGUUUUAAAUAUAAAGCUGCACUUGAGAAGCAGCUAACCUCAACCACCUUGCUUGUGCUGGGCCUUGUUUCUUGCUUCUGUCAUCAACCUCUUAGAGACUUCCUUGUCAAAAAAGCCUCUUUUUUGGAGGAGUGGCUGAUUUCACUGUGCUCGUCACUGGAGAAUAGUAAUCAACGGGUGGUUGAAGCUUCUUUGUCUGAGAACAAGGAGGGAUCCAUGCAGAAGAAAGAGAUGAUAUUUGGAGCAAUAAGAGCACUGCUUGAGGUCUAUGAGGGUAACCAUUACCGAGGAAUAGCUCUGAAGUUUGAGAAUCUGAUGAACCGUACACAUGCCUUGAGUUAGCAGCACAGGCCAAAUUCACUUCUACUGUUUAUUGGUGCAACUGUUCUGCUAAUGACCUCCACACAUCAAUCUUCUAUCCUCAGCUAUAUGUUAUUGAGAGUCCAUUUCUCAUUGGAAUGCCUGGGGUAAGGUUCAUCCUACAUUCAGAAUUUCACAUUCCGAGAACCAAAGUUUCAGGAAGUGUGGUUUUUCCUGGUUUACCCUUCAAAACAAGAGUACUUAGUAUUUGAUCAGAUGUGGAGCAUGUCACCUUUCUCACCACUGCGGUAACGCUAAUGCCUGCAUACAACUGCAACUGGAGAAGGCAGUUGGAUAGUAGGUCCCCAUGGUUUUAAGAUAUGG